AUUUCACUUUCUUCUUCACGUUGUUGUCGUUGAGUAAGCAAGUUACUAUUGCAGAGUGAAGCUCGAUAAACCUAAAACCCUUACACAGUCCCAUUCAGUUCUUCAAAUUUCAAUCUGAGAAAGCAUGAGUUGGAGAACUAUAGCUUCCACUUCAAGACACACGUUCAAGAGACUCAAUUCCAUCUUCCGAUCCCAUUGCGCCACCUUCCCUUCUCCGCAGCACUCACGCGCCUCCUUUGCCGCCUUCCUCCACGCGCCGUUCACCACCACCACCCUUCACUCCUCCCAACCCACCAACGCCCUCAUCGACCCCAAAGUCCAUGUGACGCAAAACGACGCCGUCGACGACAACGAAGACGCAACGAACGAGUUUCUAUCGCGAUUUGUGUGGAUAAUGCGGAAGAAGGUGAAGGAAGCGUACCCGGAAUCCGACAAGGCCACCGUGGAUGGCAUGCUCGUGGGGAUCGUGGAGAGGGUUACGGCGGAGAUGGAAAAGGGCAGGGGAGUUGAAACGGCAUCGUUGGGUUCGGGGGAUUUCAGCGAGGAUUUGUGGGGAACGGUGUGGGAGGUGAGCAAUAUGGUGUUGGCGGAUAUGGACAAGGAGAGGAAGAAGGAGAAAAUGAAGGGCUUCUUGCAGUGCGAAGAGGUUAAGGAAAUGUGCAGAUUCGCCGGUGAAGUUGGCAUUCGCGGCGAUUUGCUUAGGGAGCUUAGGUUCAAGUGGGCGCGUGAGAAGAUGGAGGAGCAUGAGUUCUACGAGGGUUUGGAGAAAAUGAGGAAGGAGGCACAGACUGAGGGGAAGGAAAGUGGUGUUGGUGAGGAGGGGAAGAAGGAGAAUGUUGCUGUUGGACUUCCCAAGAGGAGAGGGAAGAUAAGGUACAAGAUUUAUGGGCUUGAUCUCUCUGAUCCCAAGUGGGCACAAGUGGCUGAUAGGAUCCAUGAGGCAGAGCAGGUGUUUUGGCCGCAGGAGCCGAAGGCAAUUAUAGGGAAAGCCAAGAUGGUUAGGUCGAAGAUUCUGUCGUGGAAGGAUGAUGAUGAUGAUGGUUUGCAAAGCCUGUUGAAUGAGUGGGCGGAACUUGUUCAACCUAGCAGGGUGGAAUGGAUAGAUUUACUUGACAACCUGAAAGAGCAGAAUCGUAGUCUGUACUCAAAGGUGGCUGAAAUGUUAUUGGCUGAAGAUUCUUUCCAAACAAUUGUCUCUGACUACUCUAGGCUUAUUGAUAUCUAUGCUAAAGAGGACUGCUUUGAUGAUGUUGAGAGAUUGCUGAAGAAGAUGAGCGAAAAUGGUAUACAACUAGAUGCUGCAACGGCCAGUGUGUUGGUCCACAUGUACUGCAAGGUAGGCAAUCAUGACCGUGCAAACGAAGCAUUUGAAACCUUGAAGGGACUGGGUUUCAAACCGGACUUCCAAGUCUUCAAUUCAAUGAUCAUGGCAUAUGUGAAUAAUGGCCAGCCUAAUUUGGGUGAGAAAUUGAUGAGGGAGAUGGAUUCAGGAAAUAUUAAACCCACGGAGGAAAUAUACAUGGCGUUGCUCCGAUCUUUUUCUCAACAAGGUGAUACUAAAGGAGCUGACCGAAUUUCAUUAGCUAUGCAGUUUGCAGGAUUCCAGCAGAGUAUGGAGGCAUACACCCUACUUAUUGAGGCAAAUGCACACAUUGGUGACCCUUAUCAGGCAAAAAGCCAUUUUAACUACAUGAUAAAACUUGGGCAUAAGCCUGAUGAUCGCUGUGCUGCUAGCAUGAUUGCAGCUUAUGAGAAGAAAAACUACUUGGACGAUGCAUUGGAGCUUCUUGUGCAGUUAGAGAGCGAUGGGUUUGAGCCUGGGGUAGCCACUUAUUCUGUUCUUGUGGACUGGUUGGGUAAGUUGCAGCUUGUUGAUGAAGUUGAGCAGAUUUUAGGAAAAAUAGCUUUGCUGGGUGAGGCUCCUCCUUUUAAGCUUCAAGUAAGUCUCUGUGAUAUGUAUGCAAGGGUUCGAAAUGAGAAGAAGGCCCUUCAAAUUCUAGGUGUACUGGAAUCUAGGAAGGAUGAAUUAGGAAAAGCUGAUUUUGAGAGAAUUAUAAGUGGCCUUAUUGAUGGUGGGUUUCGGCAAGAUGCCCAACGAAUAUGUGGGAUCAUGGAGGCGCAGGGUUUCGAUGCAUCAAAGGUUAAGGUCAACCUUUUGAAGCCUGUCUCUAGAGGACCUCGUAUGAGAUAGUUUAGUGGUCAUGAAUUGGGACAUUUUAGUCUUUCUCUGCAAGUGAGUUACAAAUGUAUUACCUUAUAUAGGAAGCAAUGUCUGCAUGAUUUAUCAUACCAUGUAACAAAUAAGAAUGAAUUUGUUUAUGGAUUUUUCCAUUGCUCA